AUGUUUGAGGAUGAACAGUUUUAUAAUGCUAUGAAUGAUGAUGAAUAUGGAUUUGAUGAAUGGUCGUUCUCUGGACUAUUUCAAAAUCAGAUAUUUAGAGGAUAUUACAGGUGCUAUAGUGUCUCUAUGAUGGAAGGUAAUGAACGGAAUUCUGUAAAUUUUGGUGGAAAAGUUAUACUUCCUCCGAGCGUUUUGAAUAAACUUAGCCGCUUAAAUAUUUCUUAUCCUAUGCUUUUUGAGUUAAAAAAUACAGAAAAGGAUCGAAUUACACAUGCAGGAGUUUUGGAAUUUAUUGCAGAAGAAGGAAGAAUUUAUUUGCCUUUAUGGAUGAUGCAAACUCUUUUACUUGAACAGGGAGAUCUUUUAUCUGUUGUUAGUACAAAACUUCCUCUUGGAUCUUAUGUGAAAAUUAGACCUCAACACCCAGAUUUUCUUCAAAUUACAGAUCCUAAGGCUGUGUAUUUGUUAAUUAAUUAUUUUGAAAUGAAAUUAAUGAGCAUUAGACUAGAAAAUGCAUUAAGAAAUUUUUCUGCGUUAACUAAAGAAGAUAUAUUUCAAAUUAAUUAUAAUGAGCAGAUAUAUGAGAUAGAAGUAUUAGAUAUUAAACCGGAUGAUGGUAGAGGGAGUAUUUCUGUUAUUGAAACAGAUUUAGAAGCAAAUUUUGCUCCACCUCUUGGUUAUUCUGAACCUGAACCUGUAAAAAAGCUAAAUAAAUAUAAUCAUAAUAAAAUUUGUGGUAAUGUUGAGAAAAGUGUAAUGCUUGGAGAAGCACAAGCUUCUAGUACUUUAAAACCAAAGCGUGAUAAUGUUUUUUUAUCUGUAGGAUAUAAAUUAAAUGGAGAAUUUGUUGAAAAUUUUUCAGAAUCUACUGCAUUUGAUUCUAAAAUAUCUAGAAAAGUUGAUGAUGAUACACUUCCUGCUCCUCUAAGAGUUCCUUUUGGUACUCUUUUUUUUGGUUAUAAAAUAAAGCCCAUAGGGAAUAAUGAAGAUGAUAAGUUCAAUAAAGCUUUUUCUGGUGAAGGGCGAACAUUGAAAAAUAAAAAAAGAAAGUAA